AUGAUGGUGAAGCAUCUGCAGAAACUCCUGCUGUCCCUCCUGGUGAUGACAUUGCCCUCAGCUAAAGGCAAUUAUUUCUGGGAUUGGAUGAAGGGAGGCUGGAAAGCCAAGAGCCACACCAUACCCUACGUGGCCUACCUGCAGGGGCAGAACAACCACUUCUGUGGAGGCUUCCUGGUGGCCCCGAACUGGGUGAUGACAGCAGCUCAGUGCCUGCAGUACAAACCUCUGACUGUCAUCCUUGGAGCCCACACAACCCAGAGGAGAGAGAAAAGCUGGCAAAUAUUUGAAGUGCAAGAGUAUCACUGUCACCCAGCCUUCACGAGCCCCAAGAAGGGAAAUGACAUCCUCCUGCUGAAGCUGAAAGGCAAUGCCACCAGCAACAGCUACGUUAGGACCAUCUCCUUUGAGAAAGCCAAAGUCCGUGGUGGGGCCACGUGCAGCGUCGCUGGCUGGGGCUACAGAGCCCCCGCUGCCACCCUACGUGAAGCCACUGUCACCAUCAUCAAACAAAGGGACUGUCUCAGCAACUACCCUGGGCUGGCUGACAACCUCAUCUGCGGGCGCAGUGGAUCUGCUGGGGUGCCUGAAAAGGGUGAUGCUGGGGAUCCCCUGGUCUGCAACAACAAAGCCUACGGCAUCUUCUCCUACAGACACAACAACUGGCCUGGCUUCUACACACACAUUGCUCCCUUCCUUCCCUGGAUCAACAGUGUCAUAAAGUCAGUGUGA